CGCAUCCAAGCCUCGGUGUAGGAGCAGUGUAGGAGGCAGGUAGGAGGUUACGAGCGGGAAAGUGAAACACUCGCGAGAACUCUUCCUGUGUACCUCAAACUUUUUGGUGUGAGCUCUUUGAGCCUGUGUGGACCGUAACCAGACACAAUGAGUCACAUCAGGAACAUUAAGGAAAUGCUCAGCCUCCAAACUGGAAGCAGGAAUGUGGCUACCAGCGGAUACUCCAGUUUUACAGACUCUCAGUUGUUCUCCGGGUCCCUGUUUUGGCCUGAAAAUUCUCAAGGUGGAUCUCAAGAUAUGAGUUGGUCAUCCAGGACCUCCCAACAAAGUUCACAAGAGGGAAGUGACCCAAAGUUUUUAAGCAGUUAUCACACCAAACCUCUCCUGUUUGGAGACGUCAAGGACAGAAACAAAGCCUUUGGAAUACUGGAUAAAUUUGAAGAGGACAAGAAAAAGGCAAAAGAAAAAACUGACAGAGAUCAUCUAACUAAGGACUUUCUCCAUUUUCAAGAAACACUCAGUAAUAUCCAACAACAAGUUGCUGGCACAGAAGAAAAUACGGUUAUUUGCAAAACAAUCCUUGAACACUUUGACAAGUUUUCAUCAACAUUGCAAAACAAUCUAAACAGUCUUCAUAGUCACAUUUACCAGCAGUUUGAAACUUUGCUAGAUAAAGUGAACUCCCAUAAGAAUGUAACGACUGAUCUGGAGGAAAGGGUACUAAAGAGUGGAGAAAGUACAACAGAGCUUGGUUCAAACCUGCAAUGCUUAAAGAAAAGUGUGGAGUGUCUGAGAGAGGAGCAGGAGAGAGAACGAAACAUGCUUGAAGAGGCUCUGAAGCUACUCAGCAUUUUAGUCACAGAGUGCUCUGCCAAAUCCAGCCCAAAGGUAGCAGUGGACAGCGCCAUCCAGACAUCUCCAGGGCUGGAGCAGCAAAUCUCUAACAGCCUGCAGGACAACAAGCUCGAAGACUCACAGCUAUCAAACAACUUUAAACACAGUCAGGAUGAAGUUCCACCUUGGGAUCCAGACCGCACCUUAGGAAAGAGGAAACUCGCUCUGAGAGGCCAAAGGAGAUGCAAAAAGAGACCGCUGGUUCUCUCACAGAGGAGUAAACAUGCUUUCACAGAUGAAAACAGUCAGCCCAGUAUAAACUGUAACAAACAACAAAAUGUUUCUGAACCUCGCUACGAGUGUCAUGAUAUGAAUAACAACCAGGAUGGCCACUGUCUGAAACCGCUGAACAGAGGGAUAAGAUCCAAAGCUGAAGGUUGCGUCAUCACCUCGGUAAGCUGCUGGUCUCGGGACAGUGGCAGCCCUGACUUCCUCGCAGGAAAUAAAUCCUUCUUGGACAACUUCUUUGAAGAAUCCAAGACGGCAACCCCAGUGAAACCAGAAGGCCUUUUCGCCUUGUUUGAUAAGGGUCGAAAUUUAGAAUUUUAAAGAAUGAAAGCUCUCAGAGCAGUUGGAAGAAAUUUGCUCUUAUUUUUCAGUUCAGGGAAAUAAAAGACAAAUAAGUUCAAUAUAAUAUUUGUUACAUCUGACAUCUGAUCUGUUUGUUGUAAACUUUUUCAGUUUGUCUAGUUUUUGAAUGAAAGCACUCAAAUAGUUUCUACAUUAAAAUGAAUGUGAUAGAGCUGAAGAAAGGGCAUGUAGUAUAAUACAAAGUAGUAGUAGGUAAUGGUAGUCCAAUAAGUAAGUAUAUGAAUCAAUAAGAUAUGAAAUGUUCAUUCAUUUAAGAUGUUUCGUGUAUUAUUUAUACUACUGACUGGACUGUGAAAUUAAACUGAAAAGCUUUGUAAUCGAA